UCGGCCCUGCAGUUGCUUACUUACUACUGAAGGUUACACCAUAAACAUGUGCCCGCACAAUCUCCUGCAUCACCACUGUUUUGAAUUCUUUUUGUUUGGCGGAGCGCGUUCACUAUGCCUGAUUUCCCAUCGAUCGCGUCGCCGACGCUGACUCCCGCCGGCACGCCGCUCCACGAUGACAAAGCCGGCCGCGAUCAACACCCCGCUCCCUCUGACUUGGACUUGGACGCUGAUUUCUCCCAUCAUGCCGGAGCACCGCCGCCGCUGAUCAGUCCAGCCUUCACGCCGCCGCACACUCCGUUUCACGAUGGCCAGCGACAUGACAGAUUGGCCAAAAGCAUACCGCAUCAGCACAAUGAGGGGCAGGUGGGGGACGCGGCGCCGAAACUGCUUGACCAGAUACCCGAAGUGACUUGCGAAGUCCGCGCGAGGAUUCCCACCACCACGGGGCAGGAGAUGUUUCUGCACCUCUAUCACAACAAUGUCGACAACAAGGAGCACAUGGCCAUCGUCUUCGGUCCCCACAUUCGCAGCCGCAGCCUGGACGCCCCCAGGCCCGGCGAAACGGAACGGGACCGCAUGAUCAGAGGCGCGUACACUGGCACAUUGUUUCCCGGUCGCACACACAGCAGACUCGAGCAAAUACGCAAAGACGCCGGUGUGGCUCCCUUGGCACCCGGUGCACAGCCCAAUGGCUCUCCGACUCCCCCGUCUGAGUCUGCGGAGCAAGCAUCCUCAGAUACAGAUCCCUGGAGCUACUCCUCAUACCCGCCAAACCUUGGCCCGCCACUAGUGCGAAUUCAUUCCGAAUGCUACACGGGUGAGACCGUGUGGUCUGCACGCUGUGACUGCGGUGAGCAGCUGGACGAAGCAGCCCGACUGAUGUCGUUGCCCGCUCCUUCGGGAUCGAGUACACCCGUUGAUGAAAAGCAUCCGGAGCGUCUACCGUCUUCUGGAGGCGUAAUAGUGUAUCUGCGGCAAGAAGGACGAGGCAUUGGGUUGCUGGCCAAGCUGCAGGCUUACAACUUACAAGAUUUGGGACAUGACACAAUGGAAGCGAAUAUUCUCUUGCGACAUCCCGGCGAUGCGCGAUCGUACGGCCUUGCAACAGCGAUCCUGUUGGACCUAGGACUAGGCGGCGAGCGAGGCAUUCGGCUGUUGACAAACAAUCCUGAAAAGAUCCGAGCUGUUGAAGGGCCGAACAGAGAGGUACGAGUGGUGGAACGAGUGCCUAUGAUACCAAUCGCGUGGAAAACCGGUGGAAAAGAGGGCAUCAAAAGCCCUGAAGUGGAGAAGUACAUUUCGACCAAAAUCGAGAAAUUUAAGCACAUGUUCUCCAGCUGAAUGAGACUGUGCCUAAAGCUCAUCAUUUGCGAGCUCCGUUGCCAGCAACGCACGCCACUUGAAGCUCGAAUCCGGUGUUUAUGGCGGAGCAUGAUUCGUCUACUACAGAUUACAAGCUGUGGAGAUAGCCAGCUGCGCGUAGCCCCCGGUUCUCUUCUGAGACGAAUCCGAUCUUUCCCGGGGGCAUAACUGCCCCCAGUGAGAUCAUGUCGACCAGCCCUAGCAUUCUCCAGGCAUGAGCGAGCACAGCGAAGUCCUCUCUCGCGGCCUCGUCUCGCAAAGCUGCUCUGAACCUUGUUCUUGCCAAGUCGAGCAAUUCCGAUGACAUCCAUGGCUGGCCGGAGGUACGAGAUUCUUCUCGAUGCUGUUUAAAAUGCCGGGUCACGGCACGAACCUUCGAUCUCACGACGUUGCAUCGCCCAUGCUCAGACUGGAGGUUUUAUGAGACCCCAUCACCGCCACUAUAGCACGGCUCA